UGCAGCAUUUUUCUACUACUCAGAGCACAUGGGUUAUAUGAGAAACACACAUUUUUAUGUGCAAAAUUAUAAUUCAUUCUAUAAACCAAAACAAUAAAAUUUAUUGGCACAUUUCUCACAAUGCAUUUGAGGAGUUGUGUGACUGACAAAAUCGCAGAUUCCUUGAAUUUUUAAAACACUUUUUCUUGUCAGAACGGGCACGGCACUUUGAAAGAGAUUGGCAAAAUAGUACAAAAGAAGUUUAUCUUUUAAAUGUCUCAGUUUCAGUAGUUUCGUUUCACGCAACAACGGAAAAGAAUGGAUUUGAGCCUCGCUGUAGUGCUGUUCUUCUUAAUUAGUGGGAUUCACGCAACAUCUCGUUAUGGAAGGAGUCUUCAACCUUAUAUGCCCAAUGUGUGUGCAGAUCAGGAGCUGAUGCUGGUUGCACAGAGGCAGCCCUGUGUCCAGGCCUUCACGCGUAUGGUCAAGGUGUGGAAGCAAGGCUGCUCUGGGCAGGUGUGGUGCAUCGGCUAUGAGAGGAGGACAGUCUACUAUACAGGCUACAGACAGGUGUACAGACAGGACUACCAGCCCGUGUACAAGUGCUGUCCUGGAUGGUCACAGCUCAACGGAGAGGCAGGGUGCCUUUAUCCUGUUUGCAGCUCAGGUGUGUGCUUCAAUGGCGGCCAGUGUCAUGAGGGUGACUCUCAGGUCUGUGACUGUCCUGCUGGGUUUAAUGGGCCUCGCUGUCAGUAUGAUGUGAACGAGUGUGAGGAGACUAACGGGGGCUGUGAAGCUCUGUGCUGCAACACCAUCGGGAGCUUUUACUGCAAGUGUCCCAACGGCCAGGAGCUCAAGGAGGACGGCAAGACCUGCCAAGAUAUCGAUGAGUGCCAGGUCCACAAUGGCGGCUGCCAGCACCGAUGCGUCAACACCAGGGGCUCCUACUACUGCGAGUGCAACCCCGGGUCCCGCCUCCACACGGACGCCCGCACCUGCAUCGCUGUCCUCUCCUGUGCAGUCAGCAAUGGCGGCUGUGAGCAAGACUGCGUCCAGCUUUCCCCAGCUCACUUCCACUGCCGCUGCAGACAUAACUACCAGCUGGCUGAGGAUGGCAAGCACUGCAAACUGACGAGCCCGUGCGCUGACAGGAAUGGAGGGUGCAUGCACGUGUGCCACAACAACGGAGGGCUGGCGCACUGCGACUGUCACCCUGGAUACAGGCUGGCAGGGGACCGCAAAGCCUGUGAAGACAUUAACGAGUGUCAGACGGGUCAGGCCUCCUGUGCCCACGGUUGCCAUAACACCCGAGGCUCCUUCCGCUGCAUCUGUAACCCUGGAUAUGAGCUGGGUGCGGAUGGCAAGCAGUGCUACCGCAUCGAGAUGGAGAUCGUUAACAGCUGCGAGACCGCCAACGGAGGCUGUUCGCACCACUGCCAGCACUCCACCAAUGGGCCCGUCUGUAGCUGUAACCGUGGAUACCACCUGGACGAUGACCUGAAGACCUGCAUGGAUCUGGACGAGUGUGUGGAUGGCAGCUCCUGCUGUGAACAGGACUGUACCAACUACCCUGGGGGGUACGAGUGCUACUGCGGGGCAGGAUACCGGCUCAACUCCGAUGGAUGUGGCUGUGAUGACGUGGACGAGUGUCUCGCUGAGAAUGGAGGGUGUGAACACACCUGCCAGAACACAGCCGGGUCUUACCAGUGCUACUGCAACCUGGGGCACCGUCUGGCGGAGGACCGCCGCUCCUGCAUCCGACUGCGCAGCACGGUGGAAGCUCUGGCCAGUCGCCUGGCCGUGGAGCGAGCUCGGCCACCAAUCACGUUGCUCCAGGACUACGCCCAACCGCUGGAGCGCUACGACGACUACGACGAGGGCCUGGGAGAGCUUCGGGCCGAGAGCACCCUCCAAGAGAAAUUUGUGUGUCUGAACGACACCUUCGGCCACGACUGCAGCCUGACCUGCGACGACUGCGCCAACGGCGGGGCGUGUAACCAGGGGAGGGACGGCUGCGACUGUCCCGAAGGCUGGACGGGGGCCGUGUGCAACCAGACCUGUCCCGCCGGCUCCUUCGGCCAGGACUGCGCCUUCACCUGUAAGUGCAAGAACGGGGCCUCCUGUGACCCUGUGAGCGGGUACUGCCGGUGCCCCCCCGGCGUCAGCGGGGACAUGUGCCAGGACGGCUGUCCGAAGGGGUUGUACGGGAAGCACUGCAACAAGAAGUGCAACUGCGCCAACAACGGGCGCUGCCACCGCACCUACGGGGCAUGCCUGUGUGACCCGGGACUGUACGGGCGGUUCUGCCACCUGCCAUGCCCUAAGUGGGCAUUUGGGCCUGGCUGCUCAGAGGAGUGUCAGUGCAUCCAGAAGAACACCCUCGAAUGUCACCGUCGCCAUGGCAACUGCGUCUGCAAACCGGGCUACCAGGGAAAGACGUGCAAGGAAGAAUGCAACUCGGGCUUCUACGGCUCCGGGUGCCAGAGUAGGUGCGAGUGUCCGUCGGGGGUCCUGUGCGAUCACGUGACCGGAGAGUGCCAUCGGCAGUGUCCCGCCGGCCUGCGAGGGGACAACUGUGACCAAGAGUGUCCUGAGGGGAGCUAUGGGACGGGGUGUGCCCAGCAGUGCCGGUGUUCGGGGGCUCCGUGCGACAGGGUGACCGGCCAGUGCCACUGUCCCGCGGGGAAGACCGGAGAAGGCUGUGAAAAUGAGUGUGUGGACGGCCAGUGGGGGGUGGGCUGUAAGCACCCGUGCCCCGUCUGUGAAAAUGGAGGCGUGUGUGACAAACGCAAUGGGACCUGUCAAUGCCAGCCUGGCUACAUGGGCAAACUCUGCCAGAACGCCUGCCCGACCGGACGCUUUGGCCUCGGGUGCCAGCUACGCUGCCUGUGUGAAAACAGCGGGCGCUGCCACCCGGUCACAGGACGCUGUACCUGUGCCCCCGGCUGGACAGGGCACAACUGCAGGAGAGCCUGCGACGCCGGGAGGUGGGGGGCAGACUGCGCCAACAAAUGCGACUGCAGGAACAGCGACGGGAGCUGCGACGCCGUGACGGGACGGUGCAGCUGCGAGGCGGGGUUCACCGGAGCACGCUGCCACCAGAAAUGUCCCACGGGCUCAUUCGGGUUUGGCUGCCGACACGAGUGCCAGUGUGACAACGAUGCGUCAUGUGACCAUGUGAGCGGUGCCUGCACGUGCCUGGCAGGAUGGACCGGAACCUUCUGUGAGAAACCUUGUCCGGAGGGUUUCUAUGGGCUGGAGUGUCAGGAGCAGUGUAACUGUCUGAACGGGGGGCGCUGUCACCACCUGACAGGGGCGUGUGUGUGCACAGCAGGCUGGAUCGGCCCACUCUGUGACUCCAAGUGCCAGACUGGAUUCUAUGGUGUGGGCUGUAACCAAACCUGUAACUGCCAAAACCAUGGCAACUGUGACCCCAGCAAUGGGCAGUGCCAGUGUCUGCCAGGCUGGACUGGAGUCAGCUGCCAGCAAGAAUGCCCAGCGGGCUCUCACGGGCCAGGCUGUGGCCAGCGCUGCCUGUGUCAGAACGGUGGGGUGUGUGACCGGAUCAGCGGCCGCUGCGCGUGUCCCGAAGGGUGGACUGGGGUGGCCUGUGAGCUCGAGUGUGCUCCGGGCCAUUUUGGGGCGGGGUGCCAGCAGAGGUGUGAGUGUGAGAACGGGGGACAGUGUGACCGGCAGAGCGGACGCUGCGUCUGUCGUCCCGGCUGGAUCGGGGAGACCUGUCAGACAGCGUGUCCAGAGGGCAGCUUCGGGCUGGGCUGUGAGGAGCGGUGCAAGUGUGAGCACAGCGCCCCCUGUGACCCCGUCAGUGGAACCUGCAUGUGCCCCCCGGGGUGGAGGGGAGCUCUCUGUGACAGAGCCUGUUUACCCGGAACCUUCGGUGAGAACUGUGCGCAGCGCUGUUCCUGUCCCCUCGGCACUUCCUGUAACCACGUGUCCGGCGAGUGCGGCUGUCCCCCGGGGUUCACUGGCAACGGCUGUGAGCAGACAUGUCUGCCUGGUACAUAUGGGCUCAACUGUAACCAGGUGUGCCAGUGCUCCAAGGCCAACCAGCUGUGCCACCCCGUCACCGGGCUCUGCUACUGUGCGCCCGGCUACCGUGGCAACGACUGUCACCAAGAAUGCGAGAGCGGCCAUUACGGAUCUAACUGCGAGCGCCAGUGCCAGUGUCUGAACCAGGGAGUGUGCCGACCCACCACGGGCACCUGCACAUGCCCUGCGGGGUACAUCGGCGCUGACUGCAACAUCACAUGCCCUGCGGGACGCUACGGUCAGGACUGUGUCCGGGUGUCACUGUGCGGAGAGGGGUCGAGGAACGACCCGGUCACCGGGAGGUGUGUGUGCAGUGCCGGGCGGAGAGGAGGCAACUGUGACCAAGACUGUGCUCAGGGCUGGUUCGGUGAGAACUGCGCUCGGGCCUGUAACUGCAGUAAUGGAGGUGUUUGUGAUCCUGUGUCCGGACGCUGUACCUGUGGACUGGGCUGGACUGGACCCAACUGCACGGCCGAGUGCCCACAGGGUCGGUACGGUGCCAACUGUCAGCUGGAAUGCGAGUGUCAGAACAACGGCGUAUGCAACAGAGUGACGGGGGCGUGUCAGUGUCAGCCAGGAUACUACGGACACGUCUGUGAACAUGUUUGCCCUCCUGGUUUCCACGGCCCUCGUUGCCAGCUGCUGUGUGACUGCAGAAAUGGCGCCGCCUGCCACCCCAGCACCGGACGCUGCAUCUGUCCGCCUGGUUACCAAGGCGACCGCUGCCAGAGAGAGUGUGCGCAGGGCAGGUUUGGGCAGGACUGUGCCCAGUCAUGUGACUGUGAUAAGGGCACCCCGUGUGACCCGCUGAAUGGCAGGUGCCUGUGCCCCCCUGGCAGGACGGGACCCAGAUGCGAUUUAGCCUGCAGGGGGAACCAUUUUGGGCCUGACUGCUCACUGACCUGCGAGUGUGGGAACGGGGCGCAGUGUGACCCCCGGAAUGGCCGCUGCACCUGUAUGCAUGGCUGGAUAGGGCUCACCUGCCAGGAAGGUGGACCCCCUCAACCUGCACACCAGCUAAACAGAAGCAGAAGAGAAGAAGAAGACUCGCAUCUGUCUGCUCCUGUAUAGCACCACCUGCUGGCUGGUUUCAGUCAACAUCGCACUGAGUUUCCCCAUCCAUACAAAGGUCCAACUAGCCUCACUGAACCACAAAGUGAACAAAGACAUAUCCACACACAAACUGCACACAUGCAUGUAUAUGCACACACACACACACACACACACACACACACACAUGCACACUUUAAACACAGAAAGGAGGGACCCAAGUCUGCCUGAGCAAAGUGUUGCAGAACCAAGGAUUGUCAAUGAGACAUAUCAGACAGACAGAGAGAAACGUGACUCUUUAAACAAACUAUUGUAAUGCAAGGCGUGGGAACUGAGUUGUUUGCUUCGGAGUCUGAACACAGAGGCACGCCAUCUCGCGUGUGUUACCCCCACCCUUACCCCCCACUUCUCCCAAAUGCCCGGUCUCCCCGGGCGCUGGACACAUGGUGGAGAAGAAGCCAACAGUCAAGAUGAGUCUCCCAGAUCUGGAUGUGCUUCAGAGGAGCUCAACAAGAGCAGAUGGAUCCAGCACACCGGUUUACUCAUUUGAGAAAGCCAGGCUAUUCUCUUCGGCCAGGUUGGUUUUAGCUCUAAUAGACGUAACCCAAUGCGCUAUUUAAGUAUCUGAGUGUUUAACAGAACAUGGUUAGCCCCCACAAAAGAAUAAAAAAAAACCUUAAGGGCUUUUAUGAGCCUAUGGAUACUUACUGUAGCAGGCUCUGUUAGAUGUGUCAUUAUGCUAGGAAUAUUAAUCAAGUGGGUGUGAUGUAACUGUGGGUGGCUAACUUUGAGCUUGUGUGCUGUGCACAUCAAAUAUGCUACCUAUCAAUGAAUUUGAUUAUACUUUAGACUCUGACAACUCUAGAAUUUGAAAAAGUCACAAAAGGUGACAUGGCCUCCAUACUUAGCAAGGACAUUUUUUUUUUUAUAUCUUAAAUGAAAUUGCACAUUCUCUUAUAUUAUUUGAAAUGUACUUUUUUUGCAUACAUCGGGGAUAAAUAAAUGUGUGCUAUACAGUAAUACCUUUGCGAAAAAGCCUUCAGAGGUUGUGCUCUGCAUAUUAUACAAGUUCUAUUUCACUUUUCCCUUUUUCUCUGAUUCUGUGAGAUUCUCAACCCACAGUUAUUUCUGAAGUUCUGCACAAACAGGCUCUUUCAGUGUUGAAUCUCAUUAUGAAGUCGUUUAACUAUAUACAUGAAAAAGGCAAACUGAAUUUGUUUGGUCAUGCUGAGAACCUUGCAAGUCAUUGCUGAAACAUAUCAGUGUCAUUUUCAGGUUCAUGAAAAAAAUAAUUAUUUGCUAUUUUUUGUCAUGUAUAUACUUCAUGGCUUUACAUUUUUAAUUGUGCAAAACUUGAAAAGCUGUGUCGAAGCAGAUGGAAUCAACAUUUUUUUAACACUCAGAAGCUUGAUACUGUGUGCAGUAUCUAAUAUUUUCAGGUUGCUUUGCGUCAGACAAAGGCAGGUCAGAGUUCAUACACAAGCGCGAUCGGAGGAAACUGAAUGCAAGCUUACCUCAGAGCCUCACAACCUCAGAGAGUGGCUGUGGGGGUGGGGAGGGAGGCAGACAUUUUGUAAGGACCGUGUUUGGGGCACGCCAACAUGUCCUUUUCACUCUGCUCUGCAUUUGCGUGUCCCUCUCCUAACUGCAGGUUCCCCACCUGACUUCUAUCUAUACUUGAGAUAUUUUGUUAAUUUUAACUGAGUAAUAAUAUUUCAGUUUUCUGUCUAUAGCUGAUAUGUUCACUGCUAGGUGUUUUGGUAGUUUCCAUCCAUCACUGUUAUCUGAAAUAUCGUAUAUGUAUGUACUGUAUGUAUGAUUGUAUGUAUGUACAAGAACGAUUGCAAACAAUUUUUUUUUAAUGCAUUGCAUCUCAGCAUCUAUUUUAAAAGUGCAGGUCAAUUGUUUUAUUAAUUAACAGUGAUAGCUGGCUUAUCCACCAUAUAAAGAGCAAAUAUGGAUGAAAUACUGCCUAGUUUGGUUAUGUAUCCUCCAGCUCCUUAAAGACUGUCACUGUUGUAAAAGGAACAAGACACCAUGUUGAUCUAUGUCAUAUGUGCAUGUACAGCAAAAUACUCAGUAUUAAAUCAGUUCGACUGUAAUUGUAAAAUAAACUCUGUAAGUGUUUAAUUGGGCCCAGUAAGAACAAUAUUUGCUCUACUGGAGUUAAAAAGUAUUCUGUCAGAGUUGAUUUUACACUGAACAUUUUGCUGUGUGUGGUUAUAUUGCAUUUGUCACAAUAUUAUUAAGAAUAAUAGGAAAAACAGAUGUCAUAUAUUGCAAAGAUAUGGUGCAAUGGCUAAUAACCCCGUAUGUGUGCAUCUCUUUGCCUUUGACAUCUAACCAUUACUAUUUAACUUGCAAAGGCCAUGAACAUGAACAUGACAUGGAGUUCUGUGUAUAUGAAGUGACUGCUUUUAAGAAAAUGGUGCUACGAUUUUAUUGUUGUUUUACAUUGUAUAAAGCAUUGUAUAUUAGAAAUAGUGUAAAUGAGUGAUUGUGUAUACAAAAGACAUUAUACUUACUGUGUAUGUAUGAAUUGUUUAUUAUUGUCCAAAAUGUUCCAUUUGUUUAAAAAUAUACCUGUCGAUCACUCUAACAUGGUGAAACCUGGUCAGGUAGAGAGGAUUUAAGUUUGGGGAGCAAAGACACCCUUAAAUAUAGAGAUUGUAUGGGCUUUCUUACAGUAUCCUACCUGGUUCCAGGUUACUAAAAUGCAGUUAUUAAAUUAAUAUACUGUACCGUAAAGGCAGUUCAAAUUUACUAUGCUUGCUUGGCUGUUUCUUAUAUUGUGCUGAAGAAUAGGGUGUAUGUGUAUGCAUGUGUCUAUGUAUGUGGAGACAUUUGUGAAGCUUUAUUACACAACUGUCUUUCCCUCCUGUUCAACAUAUGAUCCCCUGUAUGUUUCAGUGAAUAAUACACCAAAACGUGUGGUGCAAGCAUUAUGAAUUCCAAUAAAUGUUUAUAUGGGUGUGUGUCUACGUACAUAUGUACAUAUUUGUAUAUAUGUAUACACACACACUACUAAGAGUAUAAUAGUAUAAUAGUUUAUGCUGACACAAAUGCACUGCAUCAAACCUUCCCUACUUGGUACACUGUACAGUAUGUUUAAUCUGAACUCUGUUUACAGAAUUAUUAAACUGUGGAAAAAUUUUA